AUGCGAAUUUUGUUGCUGUCCUUGAAAAAAACAGUUCCGUCGCUAACUUGCCUAUUUAAAAGUGCAUCAAAACAGGAAACUUUUGCCGUUGAAGCCUCGUUCUUUAAGCACAACGAAAGUUACCAACGGCGCUUUGCAUACUUUAUAGCUUCCUGUGUUCUUCCACAACGUCUUGACAAUGUUCCAUACUUUGUGAACAUUUCCGCAACAUUAGCGGAACGUAGCGAGAGUAAUGCAUAGUCUUUCCAGUUCGUUCUAUCGGUGAUGAGAAAGGCAGAAUUCAAAAGAAAUAUGGCAUUUGUAUCCCUCCUGUUCACGGUGAAAUCUCUGUUGGAAACAUUAUUGAGUUUUUAGAACUCACGCAGAUUUUGGGCGCUUCACAUUUUACAUUUUACGAUUUAUCAAUGUCUGAGAGUGUGCGAAACGUCUUGAAUUAUUAUCAAGAUCUAGGUUUAGUGAGUGUCUUCCCAUGGAAUUUACCCUUGUACACUGGAAAAAACGAUUUGUACUAUUUUGGUCAACCAUUGGCCAUCUGGGAGUGUUUGUUUCGCUCUAUGCGACAUUUCGACUUUGUUGCGCUUCAUGACUUGGAUGAAUUCAUUGUACCCGUUCGCCAUGAGAACAUAACCGCAUUGUUAGGUACAUUCAUAAGGAAAACCAUUGUGGACACUGGUUUGAAAGCGUCCUUUUGGAUCCUUCAACAGACCAAAACGGAUCACAUUUAAUUACACAACGCGUUUUCUACCGAACACGUGAAGUGACUUCAUAUUACACCAAGUGCAUCGUAGAUCCGCGGAGAAUUUUCGAGCAAGGAAUAUAUCACAUUAGCAAACCCAUCGAAGAGUUCUACGAGGCCGAUAAAGUUAAUUGGGAAGUGGCGCGUGUCUUUCAUUACAGAGAAUGUCACGAUUCACGUGCUGUGCAUCAGCUUAGAUGUUCUUCUUUCAUAGUGGACAAAACUACGCAGAGAUUUGGAGAGAAUCUGAUGCAUAAUUUUGAACUGAAAAUGAAUAUUAUACCUUUCCAUUUAUAA